AGAAAACUGUUUAGGAAUAAUUCCUAGGGCACAGAAAAAAAAAUCGAAAAAAAAAACAAACUGAAACAGCCAUGAAUGUCUUCAGAUUUGCAGGUGAUAUGACUCAUUUGAUUAGCGUUUUAGUUCUUCUUCUCAAAAUCUAUGCUACUAAAUCUUGUUCAGGGAUUUCACUGAAGACAGAAGAGCUAUACGCGCUCGUAUUUUUGGCUCGAUAUUUGGAUCUAUUUACUGAUUUUAUAUCAGUAUAUAAUACUGUGAUGAAGAUUGUAUUCAUAAUGAGUUCUUUAGCGAUUGUUUGGUGCAUGCGUAUGCAUCCUAUGGUGAGACGUUCUUAUGAUAAAGAACUUGAUACUUUUCGACAUUAUUUCUUGAUUGCUGGAUGCUUAUUGGGUGCACUUUUAGUUCAUGAGAAGUUUACAUUUCAAGAGAUAUUUUGGGCAUUUUCCUUGUACUUGGAAGCAGUUGCGAUUCUUCCACAAUUAGUAUUGCUACAGAGAAGCGGAAAUGUGGAUAAUUUAACCGGGCAAUAUGUUUUCUUUCUCGGAGCUUAUCGUGCACUGUAUAUCCUGAACUGGAUCUAUCGCUAUUUCACAGAGAAGCAUUUCGGACGAUGGAUAUCUUGCAUCUCGGGUCUUGUCCAGACAGCUCUCUAUGGCGACUUCUUCUAUUAUUACUUUAUAAGCUGGAAAAACAACGCAAAGCUUCAACUGCCAGCAUGAGGAAAUGGCGACGUCUGGAACUUCAGAAAAUGUCAGAGCUGACAAAUAUGCGCCUUCUAACUACUGCAAUAUCUCAAGCUGACUCACUUUUCUUUCUUAGCUGUUUUCAGGAAUACUUUCAAAGUAAAGUCUAUCCAUCUCAUGAGGGGAUUCCUCUUCAUUUUUGUUAUACCUGUAUCAUUUGGGAAGUAAUAGUGUAGGGUUGUAUGCAUGUCUUCCUCGAGCCCAUAUGUAAAAAUACCAAACUUAGUACUAUAAAGAGUUCGGAGGUAUUACAAAGUUUCCCUUUAGUUGGACAUUUCAGAUGUUAAUUGGGAACACCAAGAGAAUUUUUCCUUUUACUUUCCUUUUCUUUUUUGAAUCUUUGAUGGAAGAGUUUUUCCUUUUCUGUUUAGCAUAA